AAUUGGGAAUUUUACAAUCCCUAGUGUAGAUGGUGAUCCUGUAACUUUUGGAAGUUUGCAACUCCAAAAGAGGCUUAUGAUUCCCAACAAUUAACAAAGUUUUCUUCUCUUCCUCUCCAAGAUUAUCAUUUGUGUUCUCGAUUUUUCUUCUAGUUUAUCACAGUUAUUCAUCUGUUUGUUCUUAUCGGCUCUUCCUCUUCCAAAGAAAUCAAAAAUCCAACUGAAAGGUAUAUAAGAUGUAACAUACUACUUGUUUCAACGAUCUCCCUGUAGAAACUAAGUUGGAUAUAUUUUCUAGGUUACCGCUACAGUUAGUAUUAGACUGCAGAAAAGUAUGUAAACCUUGGAAAAAUCUCUUACACUUCCGGAAUGAUGCUGCCUUUGCUCAUUUACAUCUUUUACGUCAAUGUCGUCGUCCGUGGACUAAAAGGGCACCAGAAACGACUGCUUGAUGUUAACCAUGAUGAUGAUGAUGAUAUUUGUCAUGAUGGUUCUGAUUUUAGUAGCAUGAGUUUGGUUGUUUUUGAUGGAAAAAAAUUCUACUAUGGGGAGUUCUUUGAUAACUAUGGUGGUGAAUAUAUUGGUUAUGAUACAAAAAAGAUCAAUCUCGAGUUUCCUGCAGACGUGUGUGGAUUUGUUGGUUCGCAUAAUGGAUUGAUUUGUUUAUCAGUUGCUAUGAAGUGCAAGCCCAUCCAGUUUUUGAGCAACCCUGGAGAUGGUAAAGUUCUUGAAGGAUUUAAUCAGAAAAGUGAUGAACCUUUAUAUAUCUGCAAUCCUGUUACUCGAGAAAUUGUGACUCUUCCAGCAUUGAGUAUCAAAAACAAAAAGAAUAACAUUAGCGUUGCGCAUGGAUUAGGUCACCAUCCUGUAACUAAGGAGUACAAGGUUGUUAGGAUUUGGUAUGGUUCAAUUGGGAGUAGUAAUGGUGUGACAGGACAUGUAGAGGUAUAUACUCUUGGCAGUGGCAGCGGGUGGCGGAGUAAAGCAAAAAUCGAUUACUAUGUUGUACCUAAUGAUGAAAAUGGGAAUAAUUGUGUUAAUGGAUCUCUUCAUUGGCUCAAGUAUGGAACGGGUGAGAUUCUGGCCUUCGAUUUGGCAGAAAAGGAAUUCCACUUUGUUCAUACACCUCCUGGUUUGUCCUCUAACACCCCAUCAGUAAUAUCUAGUAGAAUUUUUGUCAUGAGAGGCUGUCUGUGUCUUUCUUAUGAAUAUGCAAAGGUUGCUGACUUAUGGAUGUUAAAGAAAAAUGAUGAGAAAAAUGCAGGUAGUAGUAAUCUUUGCAAUGCAAAAAGACCAGUAUUAUAAGUCUCGGAGUUGGGUUAAAGAGUCACAUGUAGGAUUUCCAUCUGUAAAUCGAGUAUUUAAGAUAUUUGGCCUUAGCCAAGAGGGUGAUGUCGUACUUAGGCACAUUCAUGGUUUUUUGAGUCAGUAUAAUGCAGAAAGAGGAGAUGUGAAGGUUUAUAUGACGGAACGUAACAAUAAGGCAUUUUAUUCCCGGAUUAUAUCGCACGUCAACAGCUUCGUUUCAUUGAAAGCACUUGGAGAAGCAAAUGUAGAGACAUGCACAGGAUCAAAAGAUGCUGAUGACGAGGUAUUAAGUCGAAGUGUACCGGCAUAUAUUGUUGAAGAUUACUACUCUUUAUAGAUUUCAGGUUGACCGUAUCCCCGGUCAGUCAGACUUUUCAGUUACUUUUAUGAAUUGUAUCUACUGUUGUUGUUUUUUUCUUGAUUUUGAGUUUAUGGAUCAAUGUCGUGGUGGUUCUUAGGAAAUCUUUUUGGUUUGUUUGUUAGUUUGAUCAGUACUGAAUUAGGGAAAUUUUAGUGAAUUACAGUUACAGAAGAAACAUCAAACAGAAUGUUAGAUCCGCAAGGUUGCUGGACUUGUGUAAACUUGUAAUCAAGUUGAGAUACUUUGUGGGAGUCGGUAGUAGAGUGUAAACGAGUUUUUAAAGCUUUGAGAAGUUUCUUGCA